AUGCCCUCCACAACCUCGUCACCCUCAAUAUCCUCCCAAAAACUCGCUUUCCUCAACCAGCAAACCCGCCUCCUCCAGACGCCCCUCACUACCACCCAACUCCCAGACCCAACCCAACUGCCCCCCAAAGUCCUCGACAAGGCUAUCAAAGACACCAACGCCAAACUCGCUACCCACAACCGGACCCACUUCAGCGCACAAGCCCAACAACAUGUAGCGGAGCAGAUCGAGACGCUAUAUUGGAAUCGUGUUCAUGAGGAGCGGGACCUCUUGCUACAACAGCAGGGCGCUGACGGAGAGGGAGCGCUGGGUGCUGAGACAGCUAUACGGCGGGACAUCAGUCUUCUUGUGGAGGAUGUGGAGGACGUGCAAAGGCUGCUACCACAACGGUGGAAAGAUGUCGUGCUACGAGAUGCUGGGGACAGCGAGGAGGAAAUCGAGCAGCAAGACGAUGGAGAUGAAGACGCUGCAGCGUUCGAGAAGCUACGCGCACAACUCCUUACCCUAACACAACAACGACGGGAUGCACAGCAGAGAUUGAAGCGAUACAAGCACCUACAAGACCUGCUUCGACCGUAUGAGGACGCACAGGAGCACAUCCAGCCGAAUCUCGUGACCAGAGAUGGGGAGCUGGCGAGGGAGAUGGAGAAGCUGCGGUCUCUGCUUGUUAGGGUUGGUGCGAGGAUGGGGCAGCACGGUGGAGCGACCGGUCACCGGGAGAGGCCGGAAGAGGAGGAGCAGCCGCAGGCAUUGUCGUUUGAUCGGCGGCUUGAUGUGCUGAUGGGCGGAGACUAA